GCGCGCAUGCGCUGUUGUGCCAGGAGGGAGUGAGGGAGCCUGGCCGCUGUUGUGAGCGCCGCCGCUGUUGCCGCUCUUCCUCCUCCUCCUCCUCCUGCUGUCAGUUCCGGCUGUUGGGCCUCGGAGCCGCCGCCUGAGGAGGUCUCGCGCUCUCCUUUCCCGCCCGUUCCCCCCCGUGGUCCUCCCCAUCGACGCCGCCGGCCAUGGCCCGGGACUACGACCACCUCUUCAAGCUCCUCAUUAUCGGCGACAGCGGUGUUGGCAAGAGUAGUUUGCUGUUACGUUUUGCCGACAACACUUUCUCAGGCAGCUACAUUACCACAAUUGGAGUAGACUUCAAAAUCCGGACAGUUGAGAUCAAUGGAGAAAAGGUCAAGCUACAGAUCUGGGACACUGCAGGGCAGGAACGUUUCCGAACCAUCACAUCAACGUACUACAGAGGAACACAUGGGGUCAUUGUGGUUUAUGAUGUCACAAGCGCCGAGUCCUUUGUGAACGUCAAGAGGUGGUUGCAUGAAAUAAACCAGAACUGUGAUGAUGUUUGCCGAAUAUUAGUUGGUAAUAAGAAUGAUGAUCCUGAACGGAAAGUGGUGGAGACAGAAGACGCGUAUAAAUUUGCUGGGCAGAUGGGGAUCCAACUGUUUGAGACCAGUGCUAAAGAGAACAUUAAUGUCGAAGAGAUGUUCAACUGCAUCACAGAGUUGGUUCUGCGAGCCAAGAAAGACAACUUAGCAAAACAGCAGCAGCAGCAACAGAAUGACGUGGUGAAGCUAACGAAGAACAGUAAACGGAAGAAGCGGUGCUGCUAAUGCUCUUUCACCUGCGGCAGAGACUGGGCAUGCGGACAGCUCGGCCCUUCCAGCCAGGUGCAAGCGUUUCCACUGAGCUCUGCCCUGGGAGGACUGAUGGGGUUUUUCCCUCACUCUGUGCCGUUAUUUAAAUGAGUUCUCUCCCACAUUUUCGGUCAGGAGGCACCCUUACCACAAUAGUGCCAAGAAGGUCUUGGAUGGAGGGAGUUCUGCCCCUCUCUCCUCCCGACUCUUUUUCAAGAGCAUCUUGGAGACAAAAUGUGACUUUGCCUACCAAGGGGACUUUUGAGCCUAAGAGUUUGUACAUAAUGUAUAUUUGCUUUAACCAGCUGCGCCUCCCCCAUGUCACUUCAGCUUCUGCCUUCUUAACAUCAGCCAAUCAUGAGUUGUUGAGAAUUCAUCUUUUACUUCUUGUUUCCUCCAAAGAUAUAAAAUACCCCAGUGCCCUCAAAUUGGGUUUCCUUCCUGGCA